CAUACAUUCAUGUGGUUGUUCCCAUUCUCGAACAACAGAGACUGGCCGAAAGGGGUUUGAGGUUAUUAGUAAGUGAAUGGUGUAGAGCGGCUCAAGGCGAUGUUCUAGUUGAAUCAAAGUACGAUCGGAUGAAGUAGAGGCACACAGCUGACUUCUGAAGACUGUGUGCCGCAGGAGGGAGUCGGCAGAGUCAGCUCAGCAGGAUGAGGCGGACGGCGAUUGAUGGGGCGAAGCGAGGCUCUUUGGCUGUUGUGCGGUCGCUGAGCCGAGCCGCUACCUUUGCUGGCCCUUCCUCAAUUACAUUGGACAUGCUUGAGUCGGCAGAGCGAAGAACUCAAAGGGAUUGGACAAACCGGAUAUCGACAGCACUGCUGGACGCAGAGCCUGCAGCAUCACAAGCAUGUCCAACACCGUCGUGGCCCGCUAUACUUCGCCUGGGCGCGUCAAGACUUCCAGCUUUCCUCUGCCCAGUC